GCCAUCCCCAAACCUGCCUAGUAACUCACACGCACAUAUAAAAGAAAAGCAGCCACGCUUUACCGCUGUCAUUACAUUUCGGAGUCUGGCAAAAUAGUUGCUGAUAUCGAUCUUACACCACGUAAUGCAUCAUGUUCAGGUGCCGGCUUCGGGGUGCCGCUCCCAUCUCCGUCACGGUCCCAGCGCGGCCAAGCACAGGUGCAGCCCACGGAUGCUAGGAUUUUGGAUGCCCAUUGUCCCGCAAGGUUGUGGCGCCGGUCGGGUCCAGGCGCAUCGUGCUACUACCCGCUGCCAUGCAACUGCGGUACCGGACCCCGCCGCCGCCCGCCUCGACGGCGCGCGUGUUACACAGCUUCGGGCCACCGAGCUCCUGGCCAAGCUGCUGGAGGCGUCGGACCCCACGGGGGAGGCUCGCCAGCACGUGGAGUCGCUCACUGAGGACUUCUUCAUGACUUCGUCCACGUAUCUCACCUUGGCCCGCAAGGAGGGCAACGCCGACGUUGCGUCCCGGCUGGAGCGGGCGCUGUCGGCCGCCUGGGCUGUGAAGCAGGCCACGAUGCGGCCCGAGCUGCAGCUGCUCAACGGACUGGUGCGCGCAGAGAGCGACGCGGCGCGGAGGCAGAUGUAUGUCAGCGGCGGGUCUGACCUCGUGGACACGCUCCGGAUGAACGACCGCUGGUUCUUUUCCAUGCUGGAGCGCAUGACUAAUGACGUGGAGCGCCAGCCGCCCAACCCGGGCAAGGCGCAGCUGCUGACACGGCUGCGGUCCAUCAAGAAGGAGGCCGAGGCACUGGAGAAGCAGGCAGCGAGGCAGCAGGCACAGCAGGACAAGGGGCAGAAGGGCGGGGCAAAGUAGGGGCCAGGGUGCCGUGGAAACCAGUACAAGCGAGAAGCGGCAUGUAGAGCAGAUGCAGCUGGUGGCAGUGUAUAAAGUGCAUCGAGCUGCUUGGAGGCCAGGUACCGUAUUCAUUUCUUCUUUGCAAGCACCUGAAGCUUGCAAGAAUGAUUGCUCAUAUCAACUCUUCACCACUGAUGACUCUUUACGCUGAAGGGAAAUGGCUCGACGCUAUGUGGUGUAUAGCGGCUACUAUUCUGCCGAAGAUAUGCACGAAAAUGCGCGGUACGAGCUGCUUUUGCAUGGCUUUGCUGGCGUAUUAGGCUGUCUACCACAGUAUAGUGGGUCGGCCUCACAGGGCAGUUGAUCUGGGAGAAGUUCCGAACAAUUGUCGGAACAGUCCAGGCAGCGUUACUCUGCAGUGGAUCCGCAUGUUGUUUGGUGGCUCCUCAUGGUGUGUGAACUUCGUAUGACCGGUAUGACCUUUUGUACGUUGCCAAUCUCUGCGUGAUAGCGGUACUGUACUGCCGUGCUGGCCGCUGAUCCUCCCAACCGGCAAUGCCGUGUACAGAUAAUUACUUGUACCGUAUGGUUUGGCCUUAGCGAGCUCCGCGGCCUCAUUAUAAUGCAGCGGUAAUGCGGUAUGGUUUUGCACCGACAUUUGUUGAAGUGGCGCUGAAAGCCAUGGCCCCCAUCCUGAGUGACACUGCGGCCUUGGUGCCGGCUAUGCAUUCACAACAUUACACUUGCGUCGACGCGAAUGAAAUCAAAGGCAAGUCUUCU